AUGGACAAUGAGUUGCUUCAGAAAUGCAUACUGUUUUUGGUACUAUAUGAAUUGUCGAGACUCCUUACCCCAAUUCAUCGCUUACCUUUAAGGAUCGGGGGUGAAAGUGGAUCAGCAUAUAUAACAAGGUGGUUAACAGUUCAUCCUGGUUUGUUUAAAGAGCAACUAAGAUUGGAUAGGGAUAUGUUUGUGCGACUAGUCCAAUUGAUGAUAGAAAAAAAUUUAUUAUCGGACGGAAGGUUUGUAAAAGUGGCUGAACAAGUAGGAAUUGGUCUAUUUAUAUUGGCAAAAGGGGCAUCUCAACGCCAAGCUGCUGACACAUUUAAGCACUCAAUAUCCACAAUUAGCAACUAUUUCAGAAGGGUGUUGCAAGCAUUGACAAGAUUGUCAUGUGAUUUAAUUCGUCCUUAUCAAGAUUUGGCCGAUACACCACAAGAAGUACAAGAAAACUCAUUAUAUUGGCCUUUUUUUAAGGAUUGUGUUGGUGCUUUAGAUGGAACUCAUAUUAGUGCAGUUGUGUCCGAUGGUGAUGGUCAACCGUUUCGAGGACGUAAAGGAACUAAAACUUGGAAUGUACUAGCCUCAUGCUCUUUUAAUGGGUUAUUCACAUUUGUUAAUGUUGGAUAUCAAGGAAGUGCUCAUGAUAUAACGGUGUGGAGAAAUUGCUUAACUGAUCUUAAAUUCGAAUUUCCACACCCUCCUCUAGGAAAAUAUUAUUUAGUGGAUUCUGGUUAUCCUAACACACUCGGUUAUUUGAGUCCAAUUAAAGACAAGCAGACAAGGUAUCAUAUGCCGGAAUUUCACAAUGGUCCUCCACCUCGAGGAAUGCUAGAACAUUACAAUUAUCAUCAUUCUUCAUUGCGCACUACAAUUGAAAGGUGUUUUGGCAACAUUAAGGGGCAAUGGAAAAUUUUGAAAAACAUGCCACAAAUGUCUCAAACAUAUCAAUUAUCAAUCAUCUUAUCAACGUUUACUCUUCAUAAUUUUAUCCGAUUGUACACUUUAGGGAUACCAACUUCAGAAAGAUGUGCAAAUGUUGAGCCUAGAGCGGAAUACUCCAUAUUUGAUGAAGGUAGGAAAGCUCAGAUGGAUAUAGUACAAAAUCAGAUAGCUGAACAUAUUUGGCAAUCAGUUAGGGACAUCGAGGAAGAAGAUCAUCAUAUGGACGUUGAAUAA